AUGGCGAAACCGGUGGCCAAAGCUCAACACUCCUCGGAUUCGAGCGUGUUCGGGCGGCGGGCGUAUUUCCGCACCGAGCUCCAGAAUCCCGCGAUCCUCGUGAUCAAGGACAUCAAGAGGCACGACGCGGCCACGUACAGGUGCAGGGUCGACUUCAGGAAGGGGCAGACGCGCAGCUUUCGCUACAGCCUCAUCGUGAUCGUGCCGCCGGAACAACCCACCAUUCUGGACCAGUGGGGGAGGAUAGUGAACGGGACGGCGGGGCCCUACGAGGAGGGUGACACUCCCUCUUUGACGUGUCGCGUCACCGGCGGUAAGUGCGAGGGAGAAAGUUUUCCAGUGAAACCGUUGACGACGACCAUAAGGAGGCCGGGGAGGAAGGAAGUGGGGAACGAGUCUCUGCUCGCCGGGAAACGGUACGAGGUUGAGUGCGAGACGACGGGCUCGAGGCCACCCGCGGUGAUAACCUGGUACAAGGGGCGAAGAAGACAGCUGAAGCACACCAAGGAGGAGAGAUGGGAGAAUCGGACUGUGAGCAUGGUAGAGUUCGAGCCAGGCGUGGAGGAUCACGGGAAAUUGAUCACCUGCAGGGCGGAAAAUCCAAACGUGACGGGGCUGUUCCUGGAGGAGACUUGGAAAAUCGACGUCGUAUAUCCUCCGAUUGUCUCGUUGAACCUCGGAUCGACGCUAAGUCCGGAGGACAUCAAGGAAGGCGACGACGUCUACUUCGAGUGUCACAUCAGGGCUAAUCCUGCCUGGUCCAAGUUGACGUGGAUACACGACAACCAGAUACUGGCGCACAACACGUCGGCCAGGAUAAUCUGGUCGAAUCAAAGCCUGGUGCUUCAGAGCGUGACCAGGAGUAGCGCCGGGAAGUACGUGUGCGCCGCAACGAAUGACCUGAACGAAACUCGAAGCGAGCCUCUUCAUUUUCGCGUCAAGUUCGCGCCAGUGUGCAAGGAGGACAGGAUCGUGGUGGUGGGGGCGUCGAGGGGCGAGUCGUUGAACAUCGCGUGCAAAGUGGAGGCCGAUCCUCCGGCGCACAAUUUCCGAUGGAAAUUCAACAACAGCGGGGAGACGCUGGAAGUAGCGCAGGGCAGAUUCUCGAUGGAGACGUCGAGCGGCGUGAGCGUGUUCAGGUACACGCCGACCACAGAGCUGGAUUACGGUACUCUGUCGUGCUGGGCGGACAAUUCGGUCGGCAGACAAGCGAGACCGUGUCUCUUCCAGCUGAUAGCGGCCGGAAAACCAUUUCCGGUCCGUAACUGCACGCUCGCGAACCAGACUUACACCAGCGUCGAGGUGAAAUGCGUGGCUGGCUACGAUGGAGGGCUUCCGCAAAAAUUCAUCCUGGAGGUGUACCACGGCGACGUGGAUUUCCUGUCUAACAGCCAACCCCUCUAUAACGUUUCGAACGCCGACGAGCCGAGUUUCUCCCUCGCGGGAUUGGAGGCGUCCGUCGAGGCGGGGGUGCACNUGGCCGUGUACGCGGUGAAUGCCAAAGGUCGGAGUCAACCAGUCAUUCUCAGCGAGGUCACCUACAGGGAUGCGGAGAAACGCACCGGACAAGACGCUGGGAUCGUGUUAUCGCCCUUGAUAGGGGUUGUGGUCGGGGCGUUGGUCACCCUGGUGCUCGUCAUACUCGUGGUGGUGGUACGCGUGCGUCGGGAACGCGUGUCGAAGCCACGCCACGAAAAACCGGCGGAGCUGAGCGAGCUACCCCCGCAGCAGUACCCGCUGCAGAACCCUCAGCAAACCGUGGAAACGGACCCAGACGUUAUUCCGAAUAAAUUUGAGGGCAACCUAGCGGAAGUGAGCCCGCCGAGUUAUCCAGGUGGAUAUCCCCCGGGACACUGGGUCACGCCCGGGCCUACGCCAAGCAUAGACGAGCUCUGCCACAAAUUCACGGGGAGGCCGACGGAGCUGAGGUUACCAUCGAGGAGCACGUUGCCGAGUUUACAGAGCAUGCCCGUGACGGGAGGAGCGAUGAUGGGCGGCGGUGGGCAGGGGAUGGUGGCGGCGCAGGGUGGCCUCCCCCUAGGAGGAGGCCAAGGUGUCGUCGAGUGCCUGGACGGAGAGGCGAUCAAAAGACGAUUGAUGGCAAACAGGCUGCCGGAGAGUUGCGUCUAGGACCUCCUACGUUGGA